AAGUAGAUCGCCCGGUAGCGGAAGCAGGUCUCUGAGACCGGAAGCGAAUGUACGGCAAAUAUGGCGUCGGCGGCGCUGGCGCUGAGGACGCGGGCGGCCGUUACAACCCUGCUGGGCCCCCCUCAGACUGCGUCUCUUGCUGUCAGAUAUGCAUCCAAGAAGACAGGCGGCAGCUCCAAAAACCUGGGUGGAAAGUCACCAGGCAAACGCUUUGGCCUCAAGAAAAUGGAGGAUCACUACGUUCAUGCCGGCAACAUCCUUGCGACUCAGCGCCACUUCCGUUGGCACCCGGGCGCCCAUGUGGGGCUGGGGAAGAAGAAGUACCUCUAUGCCCUGGAGGAGGGGAUAGUCCGCUACACUAAGGAGGUCUAUGUGCCCAGUCCCAGCAACGCGGAGGCUGUGGACCUGGUCACCAGGCUGCCCAAGGGUGCUGUGCUCUAUAAGACUUUUGUCCAUGUGGUUCCUACCAAGCCUGAGGGCACCUUCAAACUGGUGGCUAUGCUUUGAACUCCUGGCGAGGCCGCCGGACAGAGACUGGAGCCCAGGUGACAGGAGAGGAUGGCAGCAGCAGAAGUCAAGUGUUGGCACGACAAGGUCUGCUGAGGACGUCUGUUUGGUGGUGAUUGCAGAAGACUCUGAAGUGACUGGCUCUUGGGAGACCUGACCUGGGGCCAGAAAUAAAGUGCGCUGGAGUCAUGA